AUGGCCUCUCUCCACCCGUUCCUAGUCCUCCUCUCGCUCGCUAGGGCGUCGAGCCUGGCCAUCGAGGCGGGCCCGCUGGGCAGGGAGCUCUUUGUCGCCCGGCGCGCCGCCUCUGCCGUCGGCGGCCUUCUCGCGGCGGGCGGCGCUGUCUCUGCUGGUGAGGCCCUCCUGGCCGAGAGCCUCCGCGGCGCCGCGGUGGCCGCCGGUCGAUGGGUCACCCACAUCGAGGCUGGCGCCGUGAGCAUCGCGUACCUGGGCCGGCCUCCGCCCUCGCUCGAGGACGGGCUCGGGACGGCACACACGGCGCCUCUGGUUGGCGUUGUGUGGCGUGGCGGCAGCGGCGGCGAGGGCGGCAUCGGCGGCGACACGUUUUACGCGACGGCCAACGGGGGCGCCUGGCAGGUGCGAGGCGGGGGUGAGCCCGUCGAGGCGGCGCUUGGCGGCGCCUCGCCGGUUGCGAACGUGGUGAGCUGCAGCCACGGCGCGGACUGCGCCGAGGUUGAGAUGAUGGCUCGCAUGCUUCGUGAGACGGGGACGGGGAUGCCGCUCGAGAUCCGGCGCCCACCCGCACGGGGCGGGGAGACCUCCGCCGACGUCGACGCCGACACCGCCGCCUCCGCUGCCGCCUCCGCCUCCGCCUCCGCUGAUGUGCUCCUCGACCUGCUCACCGCUCGGGCCGACGUGCUGGUCGAUCCGAGCCUGCUCGGAACCUGCUCGGAACCUGCUCGGCGCGCUCUUGUAGGCCGACGUCUUGGUCGCUCCGCCGAGCCGGCCGGGGACGCCAGCGUGCUGCCCUACUUCGCGCGCUCCUCGCGCGCCGCCUUCCCGCUGCGCGGCGAGUGCGCUCUGCCCUUGCGGCGGGCGGCUAAGGUGGUCGACGCGGACGGCUGGGAGCUCGGCUUGGGUGGCGUGGGCGAGGGCGGGGACAUGGGCGUGUGA